AAACAACUACGCAUUCCAUCGCUCAGUGUAUUCGUGCGCGUCUUUAACUUCACACCCUCGCCCCGGCGAGCUCCGGAUCCCAAGUUUAAGACCGCGUCGCGUCGCUUGAGAUCGUGAGAUAUUACUAGUAGUGUGUGUGCGUGCGCGCGCGUGUGUGUGUGCGUGUGUGUCGAUAAUUACCAGCGGCUCGUGUAAAACGACCGCAUUUCGAGGCUCUCGGGGGAGAAAUUAACGCGGGUUGGCCGAUCGCGAGCCUCGGAUCGAACGUUCAUAGACGCGAAUGUACCAAACGCGUAGCCGGACGCGAGCAUCGCGCUCGGAAAAGUAUCGCGACACCGAGAGUCUCCGUCUCCAUCCCGCGAUCUUCAAGGCAAUAAUGUAUCGGUGAUAUUCAAGACGGAUUUCGAAGACAUGGCAACGCUCCACGUUUUGUUGCUGUCGAACAAUCAAAUUCACACGAUCGAAAGAGGGGCUUUCCAAGAUUUGGUGGCGGUGGAAAAGCUACGCCUAAACAACAAUCAGAUACGUCACUUGCCCGAUCUUCUCUUCAGCAACAUGAUGAACCUAAAACGCCUAGAUCUUAGCCACAAUCAGAUCGCCACCAUAGGACCGAAGACUCUCAGAGGAGUGUCCGCUCUCAGACAUUUAUUACUUGACAACAAUGUGCUGACCUGCGUGGACGAGGCGUCGAUACGAGAACUGAAAGACUUGGAAAUAUUAAUGUUGAACAACAACAAACUUGUAACGCUCGGCAAGGAGAUGCUGAACGGCUUGUCGCAUUUACGAACUUUGAAGCUUGCGGAUAACGCUUUCGCUUGCGAUUGCCAUUUAGCAUGGUUAUCGCGCCAUUUGAGGACUUAUCCUCGCCUAGGGCAACAUACACGAUGCGCAUCUCCGGCUCAUCUCAAGGAUCGCAAUCUCGCCGAUGUGCAGGAGCACGAGUUCAAGUGUUCAGGCCUGGUUGAGAGAACGGGAUCGGAAUGCAGCGCUGAGCCCCAAUGCCCGCAUCCUUGUAAAUGCGCUGAUGGGAUCGUCGAUUGCAGAGAGAACUCCUUGACGAAAGUGCCAACCCACCUUCCCGAGGACACCACUGAAUUGCGGCUGGAACAGAACGGCAUUACGGAAAUUCCACCCAAGGCUUUCUCGCCAUACAGAAAAUUGCGAAGAAUUGACCUGAGCAACAACCAGAUAAAAAAGGUGGCGGCUGAUGCUUUCCACGGAUUGAAAUCCCUCGAAUCCCUAGUUCUAUACGGCAACAAAAUCACUGAGCUGCCAGCUGGUCUUUUCCAAGGCCUGACAAAUUUGCAGUUAUUGUUACUGAAUGCCAAUGAGAUAUCAUGCAUACGAACAGACCUGUUCAAAGACUUAACCAGUCUCACCUUGCUAUCUUUGUACGACAACAAUAUACGUUCGUUAGCUAAUGGGACUUUCGCCAACCUGCGGAGCAUCAAAACGCUACACUUGGCGAGGAAUCCGUUCAUCUGCGAUUGCAAUCUACGCUGGCUGAGCGCGUAUCUUCACGCGCAUCCAAUAGAGACAUCCGGCGCUAAAUGCGAAACGCCAAAAAGAGCACAGAAACGGAAGAUCGAUUCGAUGCGGGACGACAAGUUCAAAUGUAAGGGUGACGAGGAGCUGUUAACGAAAAGGGCCGGCGAGUGCAUUCUGCCUGGCGCUUGCCCGGCGCCGUGCACAUGCAACGGCGCGACGGUCGAUUGCUCCAACAAGAGAUUAACUGCGAUACCAAAAGACUUGCCGCUUUACACGUCCACUUUAUUGUUGAGCAACAAUGAACUGGACAAGAUCAAAGCGGACGGCCUUUUUGAGAAGCUGCCGGAGCUGCAGCAUCUGGAUCUUAGGAAGAAUAAAAUCUCCCGCAUCGAGGCGUCCGCCUUUCAAGGGGCCCACAACCUCACCGACCUACUUUUGUCCGAGAAUAGGCUGCGAGAGGUGCACAACAAGAUGUUCGCCGGCCUGCCGAGCCUUAAAACACUGAAUCUCCAUGGUAAUUCCAUUACAUGCGUUAUGCCUGGAUCGUUCGACGGAAUGCCGCACAUACGCGCCAUCAACAUGCAAGGUAACCCGCUAUCGUGCAACUGCUAUCUCGCGUGGUUCGCUGGAUGGCUGAGGAAACGAGAUAUAGCCGGAAUCACUGGCCGUUGUCACGAUCCACCGCGAUUAAAGGAUGCCGUCAUCAAGGACAUUCCGCACCACGAAUUCAAAUGCAACAACGACAGCGUGGGUUGCCUAGGUGACGAUUACUGCCCGCCUCAAUGUAAUUGCGCGGGUUCGGUGGUGAGAUGUUCGAGGUCUCAGCUUACAGAGAUUCCACGCGGGAUUCCACCGGAAACCACCGAGCUGUAUUUGGACGUGAACGACAUCAAGACGAUCCAGCCGGAGAGGCUGAACCACCUGAGGAUUCUCACCAGACUGGAUCUGAGCAACAACCAGAUCGGAAUGCUGUCCAACGAUACCUUUAGGAAUCUCACCAAGCUGUCGCACCUAAUCAUCAGUUACAACAAGCUACAGUGUGUGCAACGAAAUGCUCUCGCGGGACUGAAGAACCUGCGAAUAAUUUCGCUGCACGGUAACGACAUAUCGGUCAUCCCAGAGGGAGCGUUCGAGGACCUCAAGUCCAUAACACAUCUUGCCCUGGGGUCCAACCCGCUCUACUGCGAUUGUAGCAUGCGGUGGCUGGCCGACUGGGUGAAGAAAGAUUAUGUGGAGCCUGGCAUAGCCAGGUGCAUGGAGCCUCCUGCGAUGAGAGACAAAUUGCUUUUGACGACACCGGCUAGUGCCUUUCAAUGCAAAACCAAGCAGCAGCCAGCCGAAGUCUUGGCCAAGUGCGACCUGUGUUACACCUCGCCAUGCGAAAACGGAGGAUUUUGCGAGGCGCUUCCGGACCGGCAGUUCCGUUGCAAGUGCACGCCAGGAUAUCACGGGGACCGGUGUCAGCAUAAAAUUGACGCGUGCUAUGGAAAUCCUUGCAGGAACUCCGGAACUUGCAAAGUACUGGAGGAAGGAAGAUUCAGUUGCGACUGCGCCCCCGGGUACAAGGGACUUCGAUGUGAGAGCAACGUCGACGACUGUGCCAACAACAGGUGCGCUAACAACGCAACCUGCGUCGACCUCGUACAAGCCUAUCGAUGCGACUGCGCCCCAGGAUUCAUGGGAGAAUACUGCGAGGAGAAGAUACCCUUCUGCACAAAGGGUCACGACCCCUGCGAGAACGGAGGCCGAUGCGUCGACCAUAAGACCCACUACAGCUGCGAAUGCCCAAUCGGCUUCACCGGCCUCAAUUGUUCCACAAACCUGGAUGAUUGUGUCGAUCAUAUGUGCCAGAACGGUGCUACUUGCAUCGACGGCAUAAACAAUUAUGAGUGUAAGUGCGCGGCGGAUUAUACAGGGAGAUACUGCGAGGCUGCACCCUCGACAGCCAUGCUGUAUCCACAGACAAGUCCGUGUGCCCACCACGACUGUCAGCACGGUGCCUGCUUCCAGCCCGCUCCCGCCUCCGCCGCGGACUAUCUUUGCCAGUGCCAUCCCGGCUAUACCGGAAAACGAUGCGAGUACCUGACGAGUCUGAGCUUCGUGGACAAUAGCUCGCUGGUCGAGCUAGAACCGCUACGCACGAGGCCCGAGGCGAACGUGACCAUCAUAUUCACGACCACGCAGGAAAACGGGGUUCUUCUCUACGACGGGCAAAGCGACGGGCACAUCGCCGUCGAGCUCUUUAAUGGGCGGGUCAGGGUUUCGUAUGACGUGGGUAAUUAUCCUACCUCGACGAUGUACAGCUACGAGAUGGUGGCCGACGGCAAGCCUCACAUGGCGGAGCUUCUGGCGAUCAAGAAAAAUUUCACAAUGAGGGUCGACCGAGGACCCGCCAGAAGCAUCAUCAACGAGGGUCCGAAGGAGUAUCUCAAGCUUGUCACGCCGAUGUUCGUCGGUGGCGUAGCGCCGGAAGUUGCUAAAGUCGCAUUUACCGAGUUUCACCUUAGAAAUACUACGAGCUUCCAGGGCUGCAUCUCCGAGAUGUGGAUCAAUCAUAAGUUGGUAGACUUCAGCAACGCCGCAAAGAUGCAUCGCGUUACUCCCGGAUGUGCUACUAGCGAGGAGGAGGCCGACGAAGCGAGAGAUAUUGUUGAAGCUGAGGGAAUUAACAAUGGUGGCAGUAACGAGGAGCCCAUGCCGCAAGAGCACAUACCUCACGAACGCUCUGAUGUUAUCAUGUCGGUAACUGGACUGGUGCCUUCGCAUGCAUGUAUCGGACAUGAAUGCAAAAAGGGAUCUCAAUGCAUACCGUCGCCGUAUGGCAACGGCUAUUCUUGCCGAUGUCAAACUGGCUGGCAAGGACGAUACUGCGAGAAAGCACCGACUUGUCGCAAGGAGCAUACCAGGGAGUACUAUAGCGAGAAUGGAUGUCGGAGUCGACGACCCGUGAAGCUUGCUAAAUGUUGGGGAAGCUGCGGUAAUUCCUGCUGUUUACCGCGGAAGACUAAGCGACGCAAGGUCCGAUUAAUUUGCGCGGACGGCAUGCGGUACACCAAGGACGUUGACCUGGUGCGUAAGUGUACGUGUACUCGCAAAUGUUACUAGCCAGUCGACCCAGCAACGCGGCCCGAGUCUCGUUGGCGCACGUCGAGACGUAAAACGAGACCGAGAAGAAACCCCCGGAUCCGAAGCAGCACCCCCACGCGUACUUCCACGUGCCCUCGGAGAUGACGAAGGGAACGGCAGCGGGGCGGCGAGGGCGAGCGCCACGGACCUGCCCUCGGCAUCCCUAUGCGAGACCACCUUCGUGAGACGCACGUGGACGAGAAAGUGCGUGAGGAAGUGCAGGCCAAAACUAGAUGGACACACACAUAGCCGGCUCAGUGUGAUAUGUAUUAUUAAAAAAAAAAGAGAGAGAGAAAAGAGCGAGAGAAAGAGAGAAAGCGCGCGCGAGAGAGAAAGAAGUAAGAGUAUAUUGUACGUAAUAUAUAGCUACGGACUAUCGAUAUCGAAGCAGUUAAACGUAUACUAGGUAUUAUUCGUAUAUAUAAUGACCCGAUAUAGGUAUAUAACGACGAGAACGCGGGCGGAAGAAAGGGUGGGCGCGAGCGCGCGCGGACAAUGUGUCCGUAUAUUUGCGAUCGCGGACCGCGCACGCGGGCGCUUGCGUGUUCGUAACAUUAUGCACGAGUGCGUACGAUUACGCCGUUGAUUUAGCGCGGAAUGGACCUAACUGGUAAUAGGGGAUUCGCGGCUGCGUGCAAACAGGCUUCCGUAAUCUUCUUAUGGGAUAUACGCAUCGCUUUUUGUUUAAUACGUUUCCGCUGAUGGUGGCUGUAAUCUCCAUUGAGGCUUCGACGCCAGCAUCUCGAUGUAGUUCACUGCCUUUAUCUUUCGAAAAUUACCACUCCGGGACGCAUCAACUGUCCCUCGUUACAAUGGAGAAAUUUGGAAAAUAUUGCAAUUAACGUUUCACUUGAAACUAUAUUCAAAAAGCGAUACUCCAUCGCGUUAGAUAUAAAAUAAAAGUGCGUAAUCUUCGCCCGUAUUUUUUAAUUAAACCCCGAUGGGAAAAUAUUUAGCAAAUUAUGUGACGAAAUCUGGAUGAAACUUGGAACGCUGGAAUUAUGCGUGCAUAUUUCGAACAACGUAUCCAGAAAUAAAGACCUUCCAUCGAAUAUUGGUAAAUAUUUUUGCACAAUGUAUUUCUAAAUGUCAGCGAAACAGCUGCCUUUUGGCGAAUUACCUUGGCAGAAUAUUUGCACAAUUAAAUUGCUGUCGUGUUACGAGGAGCUGCCGCUACGAUGCGUCUCGUACUCGUAAGUAAAAUUCACGCGAGAUAAAAGCAGGCCCAGCGGUAAAUACGUCCCACGCUAAAUCUUUUUUAAACAUUUAUUACACGUAACUGUGUUGCUGGGCAAUUUUGCUUUUAAAUGUCGAAAUAAUUGUGCAUAAUUUAUCCUCUAAAUUGAAAUGAUCAAUUUUUGGGCAAACGCCAUUUAGAAAUUUUAUUUCUACAAAAUCGCUGCGUUUUGGCGAAUCACCUUAGUGCAAUCAUUGUGAAAUUUCUUCCUUUUGGAUGAUGCAAUGAUUACACAAUAUUUUAAAUAUUUUCCUGUCGGGGAAUUUAUCGAAAGUUGUUUGUACUUGUACGAAGCUAUUGCGUUGACCGUAGGAAUGACAAUCGUAAUUUUUUCUCUUGGGCGAAGUUUGUGAGUGAUCGACCGCGAAAUCUAAAUCCACGUUGGGUCUAUCUUUUCCUCAGCGAAUUUUUACACUAAACGCGAAUCUUCGAUCGCAUAGCUAUUUCUACCCACUGAGCAAUGGUCUUUGAAUUUUUGCAAGAAAAGAUCUACAAAUACGCGAAAAAUAAAAUGGAAGAGAGACGUUUGUGAGAAUGGUGCGAAUGGCUGCAAUACUUUUUCGCUGCAGAUUGUUUGGUUUUGAUACACUUCGCUUGGCUACAGUACACACGCGCGAGCAACAUCGUCGUAGCCAAUAAACCUGAACGAAACGGAGGUAAACAGAAAAGAACGGCGGUGUGUUUCUUGCCUUUUUCAUCAGUUUAGUUGCAAUGCUGCCGAUUUAGCGCUCCAGCUAUCACUUUAACUGCACAAUUUUUAGCUAGGAUGGAUAUUAGGCCGCUUGUAAAUCGUGAUAAACACGAUAAUCAAAGAGGAGCAAUUAUGCCGCUAAAGAAUCGACAUAUAGAGUCACAGUUAUGUGAGUAGGUCACGGGUAAGUGUCUAAAUAAAUGUAAAAAAAAAAUAUUUUAAGCAUAGAAGAGACUUGAUCGAAAGUAAGCCGUCAACGUCUUCUUACCUCACCUCACCGACAGCAGCAGUGGGAAUGUAGCUUCAUUUUUGAAAAAGCCAAGAAAUCGCACCGCAACGAUCGAGAUCAUUGGGAUGGAGUGCGGUUUUCGAAAAAUUUCCCCUUACGGCCUAAUGUUACGUUUCGAGGUGCAAGAUGCGCAGCCUGCAAGCUGCACGGAGCAACGGAAGACUCGCGUGCGAGCGUUCGGAUCGAAGCAGCGGACGAUACUAGGAAAACGAAUUACGGAGGAACGGAAGGCGCGUAUAUAAAUGUUCGGAUAGCCGAUCAUGAGACGGAUGUAACUGUACAGAUCGAUGAAACCGUCGGUAAUCUGAAAGAAAAAGAAGUUCGCCGAUACAAAACCGCGUAAUUAUUUUUGUAUAAGCGCAUUAUUUAUAUAUCUAAGCUAAUUUGCUAUUAGUUUAAUCGAGGGGAGCGUAAUUCGUUCGUACUACUUAAGCCCUUAUUAAUGUAUGACGUACCUACCC